CUUGUUGUGACCUUCUAUUCUUCUUGUCAAUUGGGGCAAUUCUAAGGAUUGAUUUGAUCGGUCGACAGCGGAGGAAACCCAGAUCGAGGCUUCGAGGACUCCUGCUUGUUCUCGACUCCGCCGACCUCCGAAUCCAUGGCCUCCCGGCGGCGUAUGCUUCUCAAAGUUAUCAUCCUCGGGGACAGCGGGGUUGGGAAGACAUCUCUGAUGAACCAAUAUGUGAAUAAAAAGUUCAGUAACCAGUACAAAGCGACCAUUGGAGCAGAUUUUUUGACCAAGGAAGUCCAGAUCGAAGACAGAUUGUUCACCUUACAGAUAUGGGAUACAGCAGGACAGGAAAGGUUUCAGAGCCUUGGUGUGGCUUUCUACCGUGGAGCUGAUUGUUGUGUCCUCGUCUAUGAUGUUAAUGUUACGAAAUCAUUCGAAAACUUGAACAAUUGGCGCGAGGAAUUUCUGAUUCAGGCUAGUCCAUCAGAUCCUGAGAACUUCCCUUUCAUAGUGUUGGGUAACAAGAUUGAUAUCGAUGGUGGCAACAGCCGAGUAGUCUCAGAGAAGAAAGCCAAAGCCUGGUGUGCAUCAAAGGGCAACAUUCCCUAUUUUGAGACAUCAGCUAAAGAAGGAUUCAAUGUGGAAACGGCUUUUCAGUGUAUCGCCAGGAAUGCCCUAAAGAAUGAACCAGAGGAAGAUAUAUAUCUUCCUGAUACGAUUGAUGUGGCGGGACGUGCAACGCAGCAGAGGUCAUCUGGUUGUGAGUGCUAGAUAUAAUUCAUGUCUUCUCCAACUGAGUUUGUAAUCUUCAGCUAUUGAUGUCUCAUAUCUUGUUUGCAACUUGGCCUGUAUUUUUUAUCAUUCCAUGGUGAUUUGUACUAAUUCUUGGUGGGAUCUUUCUCGUUCAAUUGGAUCCUAAAAGAGUAAUGGAGUUAUAAUUCUUAGUAUA